AUGAAGCCAAUAUCAUUCUGUUCUCAAAAAGACCUUGAAACAUGGGGUAAUGAACAUUUAGAAACACUUGUCUGCCAGUAUGGAAUGCCUAAGGUGUCCACACCUCUUAACAACCAGACUCCUGUGACAGUUGAACCAAUAAUUGAUGCAGAAACUACAAGAAAAGAGUGGUCUCUUGUGAAGCCAUUGGUAGUCAAAGCUGGUUAUCAAAGAGACAAAAUGGCUGAUUUGUGGGGAAUGAUUAACAAGUAUCAUAAAGAUGAUUUUCCAAAUUUGUUAACUCUGGCCUCAUUGGCCUUAACUGCCCCAAUCCAUACUGCUGAUUGUGAAAGGGGUUUCAGUGCCCAGAACCAGAUUAAAACAGCUGCUAAAAAUAGGCUGUCCUCUGCAAGAGUUGAUGACUUGCUAAUAGUCAAACUUGAAGGUGACCCAAUUGAAACAUUUGACUUCAAUAAUAUAUUUCUCACAAGACGUGGCAUAGUCAAACUAGGAGAUUUUGGUAUAGCUAAAGUUUUAAACAGUACUGUAGAACUUGCCAGGACAUGUAUAGGUACACCAUACUACUUAUCACCAGAAAUAUGUGAAAAUAGACCUUACAAUAACAAGAGUGAUAUCUGGGCCUUAGGCUGUGUACUGUAUGAGUUAUGUACACUAAAACAUGCCUUUGAAGCUGGCAAUAUGAAGAAUUUAGUAUUAAAGAUUAUUCGAGGUUCCUUUCCACCAGUUUCACCUAAAUAUAGUUAUGAACUUAGAAACUUGCAAGCACAGUUGUUUAAAAGAAACCCAAG